AUGCGCUCAACAUCAUUGUUGUAUUUGCUGUCCUUAGGACUGAGUGGCGUGUUAGCAGCUCCUGGGUCCACACUCGAAGCAAGAGUGGACAGCCCUGCGAGAUGCCCAAAAAUCUUCUGUAUACCAGGGACACAUUUGUUCUGGAAUCCCAAAACAAAAGUUUGCUCCUGCAAACUAGAUGAUGGGGAGAAGAUCUGUUAUUCGACCACCAAUUGCAUUGCCGGAAAUCAUCCUGUCUGGGAUUCCACGACUGAGACAUGUUCUUGCAUUCCUGAUCAAACCGAAACUACUUGCCUUACUGCAACAACCUGCUUGGUCGGAUCGCAUCCAGUUUGGAAUGCUGACACUUCAACUUGCAAAUGCGAACGCAAUUCUACCGAAGAAGUUGAUCCUUCAACUUGUCCCACAAUUCGAUGCACAUCUACCACCCACCCUGUCUAUUAUCCCAAGACCAAGAAAUGUACCUGCGAGCCAAACGAUCCAAUAUGCCCCAACAUAAUAUUCUGUGCUGGCGGUGCUCACAAAGUGCUUAAGCCCAACGCGAAGAAUUGCACCUGCGAACUUGAUGACCCAAUUCCUCCUACUUGCCCACUCCUCAAGUGCGUGGAAGGAAAUCAUCGUGUAUAUCACCCCGAGACCAGAAAGUGUACAUGCGAUCCCGAUUGUCCAGAUCUUUUCUGCAUUGCUGAGCAAAAACCUACAUACAAUCCAGCAACCAACUCGUGCUCCUGCCAAUGGAUUCCGGGACUGGAGCCAAACAAUACGUCGACCCCUAUUAGAGAUGAGACCUGCUCAGAGACAAUGUGUAUCUCCGAAAUGCGCCCUACCUUUAAUCCCGAGACAGGAGAAUGUACCUGUGAAUGGAUUCCUGGACUCGAACCUAUAGAUCCAUGUGUAGGUAUUUCCUGUAUCUCAGAAAUGCAACCAGGCUUUAAUCCAUCUACUGGUCUCUGCGAAUGCCAGUGGAUUUCAGGUCUCGAGCCAAAGGAUAACGUGCCAGAAUCUAUCAAAAACUGCUCAGAUAUUCUCUGCAUUUCUGAGAAGCAUCCCGUUUACAAUGUGACUACUGGCCUGUGCGGAUGUGAAUGGAUUGAUGGAUUUGGCCCCGCUGCAAGUAAACUUUAG